GCAUGAAGCGGGAAGGACGGAUGCAGUUAGAUUGUCUUUGCGACUUGGCGGGAAGUGAAUGAAUGAGGCAGCUAAACACUCACUUUCUGCUAGUCCUACCGAGUCACUUUCAACACAAAUGCCUUAUUUAUAUUUUAUUUUGUGCAAGGCUUGCAAAAAAAAUAAUUAGUAAUAGUAAGUGUUUCCUGCCAAUAGUCUUUGUCGAGAGCUGUUAGCAUUUAGCGAUGUAGCACCCACAGAUGAGCACGCACCAACUAAAGCUACUUUUAAGUGUCUAAUUACUGUUUAAAUGUCUAAUUAUUGUUAUUAUUGUGUGUCUCCGGUUUUUGAUGAAGCUCAGCCACGAGACGGUGACCAUCGAGCUGAAGAACGGCACCCAAGUCCACGGAACCAUCACAGGUGUGGACGUGAGCAUGAACACACACCUGAAGGCGGUGAAGAUGACACUGAAGAACCGGGAGCCCACCCAGCUGGAGUCUCUGAGCAUCCGUGGCAACAACAUCCGCUACUUCAUCCUCCCUGACAGUCUGCCGCUGGACACGCUGCUGGUGGACAUCGAGCCCAAGAUCAAGUCCAAGAAGAGAGAAGCGGUUGCCGGGAGAGGACGAGGACGAGGGCGAGGACGUGGCAGAGGACGAGGACGAGGGAGAGGAGGUGCCAGGAGAUGAUCUCAUACUCACUGUUUUCUACACCAUUUGUUGUUCUUCUUCUUCCUUAUUUUGUACAUUAAAUGCUCCUGAUGGCA